GGAUGCUGCAUCAGUAUGUUCACCAGUUUGUUCAGAAGCUGGUCCGCAGGUGGCCACUGGAGCCCCGGGAGGAGUCUGAGAGUCGCAGAGCUCCGCUGAGCACCCUCGGCCUGGUGCUCUGGGGCGUGGGCAGGACUCUGGGCGCUGGUGUGUACGUCCUGGCCGGCGUCAUGGUCAUGUUCAUCACUGGACCGGCGAUCAUCAUCUCCUUUUUGGUGGUCGCCCUGUCUUCUGUGUUGUCUGGACUCUGCUAUGCCGAACUUUGGGCUUGGGUACCACACUCUGGUUCUGCGUAUCUCUACAGCUCCGUCACCAUGGGAGAACUCUACGCCUUCGUCAUUGGCUGGAACCUCUUACUGUAUUUAGUGGCUGCCGCUUCCUGUGUGACCAGGGCUUGGAGCUACACCUUUGACAGCCUCAUUGGGAACCACAUCUCUCAGGCAUUAGAGAGAACUUUCUCUCCACAUAUGCCCUCUUUCCUGGCCCCGUAUCCAGACUUUAUUUCCCUGGGCCUGGUGCUGCUGAUGACUGGACUACUGGUUCGGGGCGCUCGUGUGACAACCCUGAUUUUCAAAGUGUCCACAGGCUUGAACCUUUUUGUUCCCAUCUUCAUGAUCCUCUCUGGCUUCAUUAAGGGAGACCUGCACAACUGGCAGCUCACAGAACAGGACUACAGAGCUAACAUAUCUGGAUCCAGCAGCACCUUUAGCUUGGGCCCUCUGGGUUCUGGAGGGUUUGUGCCGUUUGGCUUUGAAGGGAUUCUCCAAGGAGCAGCUAUACUUUUCACCUCAUAUUUUGAUGUUCAUGCUAUUGUCACUGCAGGAAAACAAGCCCCAAAUCCUCAGUGUUCCAUCCCCUUGAGCAUGGUGAUCUCCAUCUUCAUCGGCUUUCUGGCGUACUCUGGUGUCUCAGCAGCGCUCACCCUCAUGGUGCCCUACUACCAGAUUUAUCCUUACAGCCCCUUACUGCAGGCUUUUCUCCAUGUAGGAUGGGCUUCUGCCAAAUAUGCCAUGGCUGUUGUCUUCCUGUGUACCCUUUUAUACAGCCUCCUGGGCUCCAUGUUCCCCAUGUUUCAGUUGAUCUGCACAAUGGCAGAUGAUGGGCUCCUUUUCCGGAGACUUACUCAGAUCAACGCCUGCAUACACCCCCCCAUCAUGGCCAUCAUGGCUUCUGGAAUUCUUACAGGGUUUAUGGCAUCACUCCUCAGGAUCCUCGAUCUGGUGAAACUCAUGUCAACCGGGGUCCUGCCUGCUUACACUCUUAUGGCUGUUUCCAUACUUGUCCUCAGGUACCAACCAGACAAAAAUUUAAGCAAGAAUGAGAAAGUAGAGGAGGAAAUUGAGAUUUCUGAUCAUGAAGCAAGUCCUUCAGAACCUGUACCUGAAGCUGGAACCUCAAGCAUUCUGAAGACUCUGUGGUACCCUACCAGCCCCAUUCCCACCCGGAAAUCUAGCCAGAUUGUCUGUGGAUGUGCCUUCCUGCUCGUUCUCCUGAUGACCAUCCUGAGCCUGAUCCUGGCCCAGUGGCCCAGCCAGGUGUUCUCUGGAGACCCCGUGCUCACAACAGUGGCUGUGCUGCUGCUGCUGCUCAUCACUGGGGCCACGGUCAUCAUCUGGAGGCAGCCCCAGAGCCCCUCUCCUCUUCACUUCAGGGUCCCUGCUUUGCCUGUCUUCCCUCUGGUGAGCAUUUUUGUGAACAUUUACCUGAUGAUGCAGUUGGACACUGGGACUUGGAUCCAAUUUGGCAUCUGGAUGGGGAUUGGAUCUGUCAUAUACUUUGGAUAUGGGAUCUGACACAGCUUCGAGGAGAAAAAUGAACAACAGCCACCAGCCUCCACCUCCCAAAUGCUGGACAAAAACAUCCCCAGUGAUGAAUCGUCUUAACCAUGAGAAAUAGAUGCUGUGUGGAAUCCCUCCAUACACUGGAGGGAUCUUCUGCUUCAAGAGACAAUUUUAGCCUCAGCGGGCUGUGACUGUGGAAUGCACUUAGAAGCUUGCAUUUAUUUUUAGUGGACAAAGUGACUGUAAUAUUGUAUAGUUUUUAUAUACACUUUUCAAAACAUAAUAUGAAUGCAGAAAAUUGCGUGGUUCAUAAGUAAGCAGCAAGAUCAGUUUUCACAGAAAUGUACAACAAUGUAACUAUCAUUUAAAGGGAGUAAUGAAAGAUUAAUGGGCAUAUGAGAAAUACCCUCUCAUACCUAUUUCUGUUGGAAACACAGAAAAUGUGAACUGGGAAGGAAAUGAAGGUAACCAUAUUUCACGUCUAGUGUUACACUUCAAAUAUUAGGACACAAAUGGAUCAAAAGGGAAAAGAAAGGAACAAAUACAUUGUGCAAACAGCAACUCAAGAAAGCUAGAAUAGCUAUAUCAAUGUAGUAAAAAAUAGAAUUUAAGAAAAAGAGAACAGAAA